AUGGAAAAAGAUCAAUAUAAAAUAGUUCUACUAGGCGAUCAAGGUGUUGGAAAAUCAAGUAUUGUCCUUCGUUUUGUAAAAGACGACUAUAACGAAGAGCAAAACGCAACAGUCGGUGCAUCCUACACUGGGAAAAUUUUGCAAGUCAAUGACAAAAUCAUAAAAUUCAACAUUUGGGACACAGCGGGCCAGGAAAGAUAUCAGAGCUUAGCCAAAAUGUAUUAUAGAGACGCAAAUGCAGCGAUUAUGGUCUAUGAUAUUACCAAGAGAAGCAGCUUUGAAGGGAUCUUAAGGUGGUAUAAAGAGCUUAAAGAAUUCGGGCCGAAGAAUAUUGUGAUUUGUAUUGCAGGGAAUAAAGAAGAUUUGGUAGAAAUGGAAGACGUCCAGCCAUCAGAAGUUAAGGAACUUGCAAAAAGCAUUGGAGCGAUAUAUCGGAAAGUUAGUGCAAAGACGAGCUAUGGGGUCGAACAAAUGUUUAAAGACCUUUCUGUAAGGUUAGAAUCUGGGUCAGAUGCCCCUUCUCCAACGAAAAACGCAACUCAGUCAGUUUUUCUCACAGAAAAACCGAUACCUGAUACAAAGAAAAAGAAAAAAUGCUGCUAA